GAAAAUCCAGGUGCAACGCCCUCUCUAGAAUGUAUUCCUCAGUCAUCAGAGGCAAACUGUGACUGCACUUGUUCCAAUGGCAUUCAAUUUAACCAGCCCCUUUCCCUCGGUUCGACCAGUAAUCGUCUUUCGGGUGAUUGUCAAGUUGAGAAAGACGAAUGUCUGCUGCGUGAGGCGCAACUCGCGUAUGACUUCAACGAAAUCAGACUAUCCUACAUGGUUCAGGAA